AUGUCUGAAGCCGAAGGUCGUUCUCACGCCCGCUCAGCCGUCUCUGGCGGUUCAGGUGUUGAAUCUACCCCAGCCAACAACGUCGGUGCAGGCGACAGCACCCGCGAUGAAGGCAGCGGUCAUGUCGCAGCUCCCAAUCUGGCUUCCACCAAGGGAAGCUUUCUCGGCCUGACGGACCAAAAGUCUCGAGCAGAGAACAACUUCAUGACGCGCGCCGAUGAGGCCGCGGGCGUCAAGGGCCCGGUUGCAGGAAACGAUGGGACCUGCGCCACGGAGGAUCACAGCUUCAUGGCCCAGAAGCCCGGAACUUCGGAUACCCUUCCGGGUUGGGAUGCAGUGAAGAAUGUCAUUUCGAGGUAA